ACCAUUGACUAGGUCUUCAGGUCAGGUUCCAUCUGUUUCAAUUCAUUUAACCAAGGACGAGGCUUGCUUUCCAGCCCUGUUCUUAGACCUCCCACCAUGAAGCCCAGGUCCUGCUGAACCUACUAUAAUAAAUAAACCAGGCAGAGUUUAUAACUGAUGACUGGAUACCUUUGGGGACUUCUGCAGUUUCAAGUAGUUUGUUCUGUGAAGAGGUUAAACAUUACCCUGCUAACUACUGGCAAUGGCUGCUUACUGGGUGAAAGUGUGGGCUCUGCAAGGAAGUCCAGCUCUGCCAAAGUCUGCUUAUGCUGUGUCGUUGGGAGAGUCACUUGGUGUCUCUGAGAGAAGGAGAAAGACCCCAAUUACUGGAGAGAGCAAGCACAGGAGACCCUGAAAAAUGCCUUGGGGCUUCAGAAGCUCAAUACCAACGUGGCCAAGAAUGUCAUCAUGUUCCUGGGAGACGGUGAGAGCUGGUGAUGGGAUGGGCGUUUCCACUGUGACAGCCGCUCGCAUCCUUAAGGGUCAGCUGCACCACAACUCUGGGGAGGAGUCUCAACUGGAGAUGGACAAGUUUCCCUUUGUGGCCCUCUCCAAGACGUACAACACCAAUGCCCAAGUCCCAGACAGUGCGGGCACGGCCACAGCCUACUUAUGUGGUGUAAAGGCCAACGAGGGAACUGUGGGGGUGAGCGCAGCAACGGAGCGCACGCGGUGCAACACCACUCAGGGGAACGAGGUUACCUCCAUCCUGCGCUGGGCCAAGGAUGCAGGGAAGUCUGUGGGCAUUGUGACCACCACACGGGUGAACCACGCCACCCCCAGUGCAGCCUAUGCACACUCAGCUGACCGAGACUGGUACUCAGACAACGAGAUGCCCCCUGAGGCACUGAGCCAGGGCUGCAAGGACAUCGCCUAUCAGCUCAUGCACAAUAUCAAGAACAUCGACGUGAUCAUGGGGGGCGGCCGGAAGUACAUGUUUCCAAAGAACAGAACCGACGUGGAAUACGAGCUGGACGAGAAGGCCAGGGGCACAAGGCUGGACGGCCUGGACCUCAUCAACAUCUGGAAGAGCUUCAAACCCAGGCACAAGCACUCACACUAUGUCUGGAAUCGCACGGAACUGCUGUCGCUUGACCCUUCCACCGUGGACUACCUCUUGGGUCUCUUUGAGCCUGGGGACAUGCAGUAUGAGUUGAACAGAAACAACCUGACAGACCCUUCGCUCUCUGAGAUGGUGGAAGUGGCCCUCAGGAUCCUGAAGAAGAACCCCAAAGGCUUCUUCUUGCUGGUGGAAGGAGGCAGGAUUGACCAUGGACACCAUGAGGGCAAGGCCAAGCAGGCACUGCACGAGGCAGUGGAGAUGGAUCAGGCCAUCGGACGGGCAGGGGCCAUGACCUCCCUGAAAGACACGCUGACUGUGGUCACUGCAGAUCAUUCCCAUGUCUUCACCUUUGGUGGAUACACCCCCCGAGGCAACUCAAUCUUUGGUUUGGCUCCCAUGGUAAGUGACACCGACAAGAAGCCCUUCACAUCCAUCCUAUAUGGCAACGGGCCAGGCUACAAGGUCGUAGAUGGCGAGAGAGAGAACGUCUCCAUGGUGGACUAUGCUCACAACAACUAUCAAGCCCAGUCUGCUGUGCCCCUGCGCCAUGAGACCCACGGUGGGGAGGACGUGGCAGUCUUCGCUAAGGGCCCCAUGGCACAUUUGCUUCAUGGUGUUCACGAGCAGAAUUACAUCCCCCACGUGAUGGCAUAUGCCUCCUGCGUCGGAGCCAACCUUGACCACUGUGCCUUGGCCAGCUCUGCAGGCAGCCCCACCCUGGGGCCCCUGCUGCUCCCCCUGGCCCUGCUCCCCCUAAGCACCUUGUUUUGAGGGUCCAGGGUGCAGCUCCCACGAGCCUAGGAUGGAUGGCCAGCUUCCCUCCUGAUGUGGCCCACCACUGGGCAGCCCACGCUCAAGGCAGAGGGCCAGGCCUUCUGCAGCCUCUGUGGCCACCAGCAGGGAGCCCCGGAACAAAAGUCAGCUGCCAGCCUCGCUCCCCUCCGGAAUCUUCCAUGGGCCAGAAGACUCCUGGCUUGGCCUUUGCUCCCUACACACUGUCCUUUGGCCAGCAGGGCAGGCUUUUCUCUUGGGUAGGCAGAACACAGAACUUCUCAAAGCAUCUUAUUUUUCUACCAAAUACACUUCUCCAGACCCAGAACCUGCAACCUUCCUGGAACAUUCCAUAUCUGACCUUCCUUCUCCCUACCUCUUCCCUUUGGAACACUGGGCCCCAUGGUCAUGGCCAGUCCCUAAGCCCAGCCUUCCCUUGAGAAGAGAUCAGGUCUGCUCAGGAUGGAGCUCCCAGGAAGCCACCCCUGAGGGUUGGCUGUCCACCCAGGGCGGCCAGACCGGGAAGAGCAGCCUAGCCUGACAGGAUGCACACUCCACACCCAACUCCAGAGACACAUGCCAGCUCCUCACUGAAGCAACUCUCCUGUUUGGAAUGGCAAAAAAAAGGAAAAUUUUUUUAAAUUUCUCUUUUUGGUGUUGGUUAAAAGGGAACACAAAACAUUUAAAUAAAACUUUCCAAAUAUUUCUGAGGACA